UCCCAUCGUCUCCACCUCCACCACGAACCAUCUCUCUCCUUGGUCGUCUCUCUUGGACCAGCACGCGGCGGCGGAUUCUUCCGAUGGCGUGUGGCGACGCGUCCGGUCGAGGGAACGGGGACCCGUGCCGGAUGUUCAUCAGCAACGCCAGUCAGGGGUUCAGGCUCCUGUGGAACUCAUGGCAUCAGUCGUAUGGACCUUCAUGACUGAACGGCAUCAUGCUAACAACCUCACCCUAGGAGUCCACUUCUUCACGGUCAUGGCAUCUGCCUCCACCAAUUAUCUAGAGCAGUUAAGUUCCAGAGACAAUUGGGGAGGUCAACUUUGAGCUGCAGCACUCUAUGUGUUCACGCAAUCGGAACGCCCAAAAUAUCAUGCCAAUAUGUGAUUUAUGCCUUUUCUGUUAGGAUUAUCUCCCUUCUCCACGGAUAAAUUGCUUGAUGUGUUCAAUGGUCCGGUUGAAUUGGAUACAAGCAUGCUACAAAUCAAAUAGUUAUUUGAUAAGGCAUUUGAUGAGCUCCUGUAAUUCUAAUCUACUUCCCACAUUUUACAGCUGAUGUUAUUUAGUAAUCUGUAGUGAGCCUAAGAAAUAGUACUAUGGGGAGAAGCAGGCAACACGUAAUAUGUGUGUCAUUUGAGAAAAAUGAAACUUCCAACUUUCCAACUGUUCAUUGCAUAUUACAUGUAAAAGACACUAUCUUAGACAAAUAGAUGAUUCACCAGGUUCAAUGAAAGUUAGCUUAAAUACCAUGUAUUUUUCUGCA